UACGUGAAACAAGUUGAUUAUGCUAGAGUACGARAUAUCAAUUUUACUUCUGCACGAAAAAUGAAGACGGACUUAGAGAAAAAAAUCGAUUAUCAUAACGAUAUUCCCAGUCAAAGCAAGUCAACACAAGUUUUAGGAACAUUAAAGUCUUCUUCAAAAGAAUGCAAAGCUCCUACAGAACCGGAAAUGGAUGCUUUCUACRCGGAAAUCAACAAGAGUCAAAACAAGGCCGUGGUUCUAAGCUUGAUUUCUCCAUACUCAAGUAGCUUUGUGCUGAAAAGCASAUCUGUUCCAACAGUAAAUGAUCUUUGUAAAAAGGAAUACUUAGAUCUAUCAUAUCUAGAGCUUAUAAAGGUCUGUCAAGGCAUAAAGCUUGAAAUUUCAAAAAAUCACAUAGAACAAAUUGAGAGAGAUACCUUAAAACAGKCAAAAGGACAUAACUUUUUCAAACACAGAGCUGGAAGAAUUGGAGCUUCUCAAAGUAARGCUGCAUGCCACUCAGAUCCUGCUUUGCCCUCCCUGUCUCUAAUACAAUCAAUUUGUUACCCAGAGCUAGCUAAGUUUACCACUAAAGCCACUGUUCAUGGUUGUAAACAUGAAGAAGAUGCUAUCAAGGCCUAUGAACAAAUAAUGAAAGGGAAGCACACCAAUUUCAAGGUUCAGAAGUGUGGUCUGUUUAUCAAUGAAGCUUAUCCAUAUAUACAUGCGACACCUGACUUCUUAUGUUCUUGHGACUGUUGUGGAGAAGGAUGUGGGGAGGUGAAAUGCCCUUUUUGYAUUGAGGACUGUGACUUUAAUAGCUAUCUAUCAAAGUCAUCAUGUUGUCUACUAAAAGAUAACAAUGAAAUGUUUACCCUUAAGCAUGAUCACCAGUAUUACUAUCAAGUUCAGCAGCAGCUGUUUACUUUACACAAAGAUUACUGUAACUUUGUUGUAUGUGCAUUUGGAGAUGAUGGGAGUACAACACUUGUCCAGCCGAGAAUAUUCCCAGACAAAGAACACUGGGAAAUUGCAUUGCCAAAGCUCACCACUUUUUGGAGAACCUGUGUCUUACCUGAAGUGCUUGGAAAAUGGUCCACUAGAAGGCAUACUUCAAAAAGAAGUGAGCCAACAGCAAGUGGGGCUAUUUGCUUUUGCAGAACUGCCCAAGAUAGAUCAUGUGGGGGACUUAUAUAG